AAUUUUUACAGUGCUUGACUUGGUCACGGAAGCCGAUUUCUGGUAAAAUCGUUAGAGGAGCAGAUCUUCAGCAGCUACCAGAUCUCUAAGACGCAGAAGCACAGACCAACAACAGCAUGGCGUCCCACUACCGGGAUCACGGUCCCCUGGACUGCAAGGUGUACGUGGGCGACCUGGGAGGCGGGGCCGCAAAGCACGAGAUAGAGCAAGCCUUCAGCAAGUACGGCACAAUCACGAACGUCUGGAUCGCCAGGAACCCCCCGGGCUUCGCCUUCGUGGAGUUCAUGGAUAGUCGCGAUGCCUACGAUUCCGCCAGAGGCAUGGACGGGAAGUAUCUAUGUGGAAGGCGUGUCCGAUGUGAGCUGUCCAAUGGAAAGUCCAGACGACCCAGAGGCCGAGAUAUGGAAGCCAGGCCUCGGUCAGGAGGCGGCGGAGGUUCCUAUGGUCGCUAUGGCCGAUCAAGCAAACACAGCCGUAGCAGGAGUCGAAGCAGAUCACCUAGACGCUACCGCUCACGCAGCAGAUCACCACGCCGCCGAUCGCCUGUUUAUAAAAGAAGUAAAUCCCAUUCCCGCCUCCGCUCUCGAUCCAAGAGUCCCCGCCCACACUCUCGAUCCAGGAGUCCCCGCCCCCGCUCUCGAUCCAGGAGUCCCCGCCCACGCUCUCGAUCCAGGAGUCCCCGCCCCCGCUCUCGAUCCAGGAGUCCCCGCCCACGUUCUCGAUCGAGGAGUCCCCGCCCCCGCUCUCGAUCCAGGAGUCCUCGCUCUCGAUCCAGGAGUCCACGCCCCCGCUCGCGGUCCAGGAGUCCCCGCUAUGAGAAGUCACACUCCCGUUCGCGUUCCCACUCCCGGACUCCCUCAGAAAGCAAGGAUCGCCACUCACACAACGGAGAUGCCUCUCCGGUGCAUAAGCAAGAGGUCGACGGCGGAGACUAGAUCACUAAGUUUGGCUUUGAUAACACAGGAGGGCGUAUGCCAAGUUAUAAGCUAUGAAAUCAUCGGCUAAAGGGUAGAAGGACUUUAAAGAUGUCGUAAAUAAUGGAUUUUAUGUCCUUACGGCUAUGACAAGAGAAAUGGAUCCAUACAAUACAAGUGCAUUUUGAAACAUCAACUCUUUUGCUUGAUGGCGCUGUUACCCAAGUUCUAUAUUCUCUUAGUGCUGCAUUUCAGUUUUUAUUCCAGGGGGGUGUUUCACAAAGAUCCUAAG